CAUCCUGCGGAAUCCCCAAGCAUCUUUUCGAGUGCAAUCGGAAACCCACCGGCCCCCGUACCCCCCCCCCUCCCCACCCCCCCCCCGAUUUGCUCGCAAUUUCUCGCCCAUUCCUCUGCUUGGAUUCAAAGUUUGCGGCUUUCUCAAAUCCCCUUCUCUGCGUGAGAGCUCGUUCCAUCGGAAAUUUCUUGUGGAUUUGGCGUUCUGGUUCCCAGGUUUGCGUCUUCUGGCUUCCUUGACCUCAUGAGCUUGUCAAAAUCUCGCCUUUGGGGCGCUUCUUUAUGAUGGGUCUUGCGUCACCUCCGACCCAUGGUCUUCUCCAACCAUAAGAACUACGGCUUUCGUGGCGCGAUGGGCUCCCGGCACCGGCAGCAGCAGGGGACGGGGUCGCGGCCGAGGUUGGAGCGAUGCAACGCGGUCAAGAACAUCGAUUACGAGGCGCCGGCAGCGCAGGCGUCGUGGUCCGCGUGCUCCACCGCCUCCGAGGAACCCCGCGACCUACGCGGCACCCGGUCGCUGGACCUCUGGCCGUCCACGUGCGCUCAUCAGACGAGCUUCCGGAUCGACGGCAGUAUCGAGGGCGAGGUCGAAAUCUUGUGCCAUAGCCUCGGCCUCAGUGGCCCCGAGGAUUUCGCCAUUUCUGUCGACGACUGGGAGAGGCGCAAGGUGCGAUCGUCCUUCGACAUCCUCCCCAGGUCCAGAAUCCUGCAGAUGGACACCCCGACCCACGAAGAUCCCAGUUUGGCGUCCAAUUCUGUGCCUUCUCGGCCCUCGUUGGUAUCUGGAGAAGAGCACAUAAGCCAAAAGAUCGCGGAGGAGGAAGAUUGCCUGCUCCUUGAUGGCUCGAACCCUGGAAUAAGGGUUACAGACUCUGAACCUGUCGAGCUUCCAUGUACUCUUCCGAGGUCCAGAGGAGGAGAUGAAGGAAUUCGAGGUGUCCGGCCACCGGUCCUUCUUCCUCCACCGCCUUUGUCAAACUUUGAACCUCCUCCGUCGAGACCUACAAAUGACAAUCCACUACGAACUCUUAAGCCGCCUCCAUCGAUGUCAGUUCCAGCCAUUGACAAGAUGAGCUCGACUUGGGAUAUUAUCAAAUCAUUUGCUCCAGAGAGAGGUGUACUUGAGGCAGGUAGGAGGGAAUCCGUGGAUUCUGUGGAGAACGAAGACAAGGAGGGGGUCUUUGAGGCAGAUGAAGUCACUGAGGAGGAGUUGAGGGAGCUGUGGUUGGGGGACACUGCUGAGGACUUCAAUGGAAUAUCUUCUUACUCAACGAUGAACGAUGAUGAUUCAUCCAGUACGACUACUGAACCGAUGUUCAUGAUUUCACCAAAUGGUAGGUUCAAGAGGAGGAUAAAAUCAUGGAUGCGUGGUGUGCUCCUGGGGAGUGGUUCAUAUGGAAUGGUGUAUGAAGGAAUCAGUGACGAGGGUGUAUUUUUUGCUGUUAAAGAAGUAUCUUUGCUUGAUCAAGGGAGCAAUGCUGAACAAUGUAUUCUUCAACUUGAGCAGGAGAUCGCACUUUUAAGUCAGUUCCAACACGAAAACAUAGUUCAGUAUUAUGGGACAGACAAGGAGGAUUCAAAACUAUAUAUCUUCCUUGAACUUAUCACGCAAGGUUCCCUUGCAUCUUUAUAUCACAAGUAUCACUUACGAGAUUCCCAAGUUUCUGCAUACACCAGGCAAAUUCUAAAUGGCUUAAACUACCUUCAUGAGCGAAAUGUGGUACACAGAGAUAUCAAAUGUGCAAAUAUAUUGGUUCAUGCAAAUGGCUCUGUAAAACUUGCGGAUUUUGGAUUGGCAAAGGAGAUGACCAAAUUCAACAUGCUGAAAUCUUGCAAAGGAAGUGUAUAUUGGAUGGCUCCAGAGGUUGUUAAUCCUAGAAGAACAUACGGACCAGCUGCUGAUAUAUGGAGCCUUGGGUGCACUGUUUUGGAGAUGUUGACUCGCCAGAUACCUUAUCCUAACCUUGAGUGGACACAAGCUUUGUUUAAAAUUGGCCGUGGCGAACAGCCUCCUAUUCCAGACUACUUGUCUGGAGAUGCACGUGAUUUCAUCAGCAAGUGUGUGAGAGUGAACCCCAACGAUCGACCCACUGCUUCACAACUGCUUGAGCAUUCAUUUGUCAGGGGUUCGUUGAGAGCUUCUUCAGGAUCUAAUUUAUCUUUGUUUAAUAACAAGAGAUGAACUCACUAACUCAGUAAUGACGCUUCAAAAAACAUAUGGAUCUUCAGCGAUAUGCUGCUAAUAUGCUGACUAAUUCAAGGCUGAUAUUAUGAUUCUUCACUAGCGGAGCCUCAGUGGAUAGCAUAUAGUAAUGUUGCUGGGUUGGUGCUCAACAGCUUGGACUUGCGGUGUUGGCUGUCUGUUCUUUCUCAAAAGCUGCUCAUAUCUGGUGAUCGAUAUGUUCAUGCAUUAGGCUUGCACGAGACAGAAGUGGAUCCGAAACCUUGUUGUGGAGCAAGAUGAGUGCAUGUCCUUGUGUAUAUGUAUGCAUGGUUUUUGAGUCCCAGUGUCCUCAAGGUUGCUGUUUAUUGAGUAGAUGAUGUUGUCUAUUUUGGUGUUUGUAUUCUUUAGCUGUUGUUCAGAUUGUAUUGAUCUUGAGGUAGAAGCCUAAAGCAAACUAUCAACUAGGCAAGCUUUUAUGCUUAGUUCCAUAGUAUGCGGAGUCCAACAUAUCAUAUUGUUUCAUAUCAUUCCAUAGUACUUCCAAUAUGAUCCAUUUUUAUAAUAUAAUAAUAUCAUAUCGAAUUGUU